UAAAUAGAGAGAGAUAGGUGAUGGUUACAACUUACAAAACAAUGAAUGCUCUCGUCGGUCCAACUCCUCUUUCUUCUCCGCAAAAAUAGCAAGAAAUUAAACAAACAAAAACGUUUUUUUUUUUUUUUGUGAGCUUGAGAUUAUCUCUCUCUCUUUCUCGUGGAUUCGUUAAUUCUGGAAACGAAGAAGAAGAUGGAUUCGUCAUGAAAGCUAUGAUCAUCAUGUUUCUUCUUAGUAACCACAAUUUACAAGAAGAACAGGGUUUUUCAAGAACGUAGCAGACGCAUUUCUUUCUCUCUGUUUCUUUCUCAAUCCCUUCGUGUCUCUCAGAGAUUCAUCAAUGUCGGUUCUUUCUUCUCGAACCGGACGGGAUCGUCAACGUUACGACGACAACAACUUCCGUCUCGUUUCUGGAUGCAUUCCGUAUAGGCUGAUUAAAGCUGAAGAAAUUGAACAAGACUCAACUAGUGUUGUUGACUUUGUAAACAAGCUUGAAGUUCUUAUGGUUUCAUCUCCUAACCGUCAUGAUCUUGUCUUCCCAAAGGGAGGAUGGGAAGAUGAUGAGACUGUGCGUGAAGCUGCUUCUCGUGAAGCCAUGGAAGAAGCAGGUGUUAAAGGAAUACUUAGAGAAGAUCCUUUAGGAGUUUGGGAAUUUAGAAGCAAAAGUAGCACAGUGGAGGAUGAAUGUCUAGGUGGUUGCAAAGGAUAUAUGUUUGCAUUAGAGGUUACCGAACAACUCGAGGAUUGGCCAGAGCGAGAGAAUCGCCAGAGGAAAUGGUUGAAUGUUCAAGAAGCAUUGGAGCUGUGUCGGUAUGAGUGGAUGCAGAGAGCACUUGAAGAGUUUCUAAGAGUUAUGGGAGAAGAAGGAAGAUUGAGAACAGAGGAAGACAGUACAGGAUUCUUCUAAGUUAGACGAGUGUCAAAUAGAUCCUUGCUACUGUUUUGUAGUUAAUUAGUUUCUUUAGCUAUUUGGAUUCAAUUGAAUAGCUUCUUCUACUACUAAUGUAAACAAAAUUGAAACAUGAGAGAGGCAAAAUUGAUUUCAGACAACAUGUGAUAUAUUUUAAACCUGUCUUGAACUUUGAUAUCUUUGUCUGUUUUAAGUGAUCAA